AUGAAUGGAACGGAUUGUUCAAUCGGGAGUAAUCCCUUGAUGCAAAUAAAUAAACAUUCUCAAGAAUCUAGUUCUUUGUUGAAGGGUAACCAUUUCCAACAGUAUCAGAAUAGUAAUGGGAAAUUCGAGGGCAGUUCCCAAGGUUUUAGAACUGGGAAUAAUGCAAUUUCACAAGAGAAUAAAGAAUAUAUGAAAAAUUUCAUGAAUAACAAUGUACCUUCUAGUUCGUUUGCAAGACCAGUGAAUUUAGAUAGAGCCCAUCUCGAAAAUGGUAAUAAUGUAAUGAAAAAUCAAAGUGGGAACUCAAGUUGGGUGUCUCAAUUUUCAAAUGAUGCAGAAUCUCAACAUCGACAGCAAAUAUAUAAUAACAAGAGGAUGAUGGCGGGAAAUAAUCAAUGGUCCGGUGAGUUCAAAGAUUCUCAGAAGCAAUCUCCUCAACAGCAACAACAGUCCCAGUUUAAUCAGGACGUACAAUCAUCAUUGCCAUACCAGAUGAACCAUCCUAUGUAUUCUCAGAAUAUGUUUGCAGGUGGAAUGAUGGGAUCAAUGUCUCAGAAUAGUUUGUUGCAACAAGGCAGACAACAAAAUUUACAAAAUCAAACAACUAAUGAAAAUUGGGAAAAACAUUUCAAAGAACUCGAAGAAGAAGUCACUAAUAAUUUAAAGAUAAAUACUGAUGAACCUUUGACAAAGGAAGGUGAAGUAGAUCAAGAAGAAAAAGUUCAAGAAGCUGAUGAACAAAUAGAGCAAUAUCAAGAUGUUUUCCAAGAGGUGUGGGAUAGCAUUAACCAAGAUGCUGAAGAUUUAUUACCUGACAAUUUAGUAGGCAAAGAUGCAUGGAACAAUGACCAUCAGAAAUAUUUUUCUGACAGGAUUAAUUCUGUUGAAGAAUAUCAGUUUGAUAAAAAAAAUGAGUAUAUGAAUAAUCCUAAUUCUUAUGAAAUUGGUUGUAUUUUGAUGGAAAAUGGUGCCAAAUUAAGUGAGGCAGCGUUAGCAUUUGAAGCUGCAGUACAGGAAAACCCUGAACAUGUAGAUGCAUGGUUAAAGUUAGGGUUAGUACAAAUCCAAAAUGAAAAGGAAAUCAAUGGUAUUACUGCAUUAGAAAAGUGUUUGAAAUUAGACCCAAAGAAUUUAGAGGCAAUGAAGAAUCUAGCUAUCAGUUAUGUAAACGAAGGUUACGAUGUUAGUGCAUUUACCAUGUUGAAUAGAUGGAUUGAAACAAGGUAUCCUCAUCUAUUGGAAAAUACUCAUGGCAUCGAAUUAGAUUCGGAUCAAGAUCGUUACGUGGUGAAUGAAAUUGUGACAAAACAAUUUUUACAAGUUGCUAACAAACUAGAGACAGCAGAUGCUGAUGUACAAUUAGGACUAGGCUUGUUAUUUUAUUCAAACAAUGAAUUCGAUAAGACCAUCGAUUGUUUCAAAGCUGCAUUAAAAGUUUCACCAAAUGAUGAAUUAUUAUGGAACAGAUUGGGGGCUUCACUAGCCAAUUCCAAUAGAUCAGAAGAAGCGAUACAAGCGUAUCAUAAAGCAUUAAAUUUAAAACCAUCGUUUGUGAGAGCUCGUUAUAAUCUAGCGGUUUCAUCUAUCAAUAUUGGAUGCUACAAGGAAGCUGCUCAAUAUUUGUUGACAGCGCUUAGUAUGCAUGAGGUAGAAGGUCUGAAGGGAUCGAAAUCUAAUUAUCUCAACAAUCUAUCGGAUGGGUAUAAUAACAAUAUCAUGGAAACGUUGAAGAGAGCGUUCAUGGGGAUGGAUAGACACGAUUUAAUGGUAAAAGUUUUACCAGGGAUGGAUUUGGAUCAGUUCCGCACAGAAUUUAAGUUCUAA